AUGAUAAAGGACUCCAUAGAUCAUAUAGGAAAUGUAUCCAUAGGUGGUCCGGCUUUGAAAAAACUUAAAACUGAACCACAAGAGCAGAAGCAGCCCACUAGUUACCCUUCUCCAUCAAGAACCAUAUCCAUACUUUCCAUCGCCAACAAGCAACAUCCGCUAAAUGUUAAACCAAGUGGAAACACAUUUAUAGCCAUUGAUCCAGCAAUUUUGACCAAGAGCCAACAACUACUAGGUGACUUAAACCGAUUACCUUUUGAGGUUCUACUCCAUAUAAUCUCCUACAUCAACGAUAAAGCUAGUUUAUUAAAUCUAUCGCACACUUCACGUAUACUCUAUGCAUUAACAUCAGAUGAAGAACACUGGAAACAGAUAUAUGUUGCCAAUAUAGACAAAUACGAUGACUUAUCAUGGCUUGGGUCUUGGAAAAAUUCAGUGUUACGCUUACCUAUAGAAUACAAUGCCAAUUUACAAUUGCCCAACAACUUGCUUUGUUGUGAUGAAAUUUAUCGUCCUUAUCAGUGUUCCCAAAUUGACCAUAAAUAUAUUUUUAGGAAACUUAUUCAAGAAGAAGAAAUGUAUCAUCAAGAUUCUUUGCGAGGUGAAUUGGGUAAAUUACCAAGGGGAAGAAUACAACGUAUAAACGAGGCUGAUUUAGGAGUUGAUGAGUUUAACCAAGUGUAUCAUAAUACUCCAUUUAUUAUAACUAAUCCAGAUUCAUCACGAUGGCCUCAUUGGACGUUUGAAUCACUUUUGAAACGAUUUCCGCAAGUGAAGUUUAGACAAGAAGCUGUUAAUUGGAAUCUUGAAAAGUAUGCACAAUAUUUGAAAUGCAAUCAAGAUGAAAACCCAUUGUAUUUGUUUGAUUGUAAUAGUGAUGCCAUGAAGAUAUUGAAGAAGGAGUACAUGCCACCAAGCAUAUUCCAACAGGAUUACUUUACUGUAUUUGAUGAUGACAAGUUGGGUUUCAACUGUCGACCUGACCAUGCAUGGCUUAUAAUGGGAUCAGCAAGAUCGGGCUCGACAUUUCACAAGGAUCCAAAUUCCACCUCAGCUUGGAAUGUAGCAAUCCAAGGACGCAAGUUGUGGGUUAUGCUACCACCAAAUAUACAGCCACCAGGCGUAUCAACUGACGAUGAAGAAAGUGAAGUCACUUCACCCGUGGGGAUUGCCGAAUGGGUAAUUUCGGGAUUCUACAACGACGUAUUCAGGGUCAACAAUGGUGAUGCAGCAGCUGCACAAGUCGGUAUUACAUUCCCUGGUGAGUGCAUGUAUGUGCCGGCUGGAUGGUGGCAUUUAGUUAUAAACAUUGAUGAUUCGAUUGCCAUUACCCAAAACUUUGUGCCGCAAUCGAAGUUGCCUCAUGUAUUGAAUUUUUUUAAAAAUAAACCGCAACAGAUAUCAGGAUUCAGGUUGAAGGAUGUCAAGACAUGUCUUGAAUCGAUUAUAAACGAUGCUAAGAUCCAUGGCACACCAGUAGAUCCAACUUUGGUUUAUUGUUUGGAGAAAUUUGAUAAAUUGGGCGCCACCACCAAUUUGGAUGAUUUAGAAGAAGAUUGUGGAGAAUUGGCCAAUUUACCCAAACUCCCUAUAUUUGAGAUAUUUGGCCAUUUGUUGAAAGGCAAAGGAUAUCAAGAUUUGGUGGUAGAUGCAUUGGAUAAAGUUAACAAAUGGGAAGAAAAAGCAUAUCAAGAAGAAACUGGUAGAAGUAGAAAAUGGGAACAUUUGACGGAAGUGGGUAGUGAUGGGAAAGACAAUGGGUCUGGUGAGCUGAUGGGCGGAAGCAAUGGUGCAUUUACUUUUGGAUUUGAUGAAAGUGACAUUGAAUAA